CUCUUUUCCCUCUUCUUCUUUUAUUCUCUCGUUUUAUUAUUACAUGUCCGUAGAUAGUUGGCAUCUUUUGGAUACGGAAUAUGCUAACCUUGACGAAAAAAAAGAAAAUAUUCAGGAUACCACUAUUUCAUCAACCAUGGAACCCCAACGUAGACUCAAUUUCGAUAGAUUUAAAGGUCUGAAUGCAGACUAUUCUUCUCCAGACGUUUCUGAUAUUAUCGAUAAGAACACCUCGACUGAAAACAAUACCAGUAAUGAAAAUGACUUUUCAACUGAUCAACCACAUUUAUCUAUAUCACCCUCUUCUAUACGCGAAAAUGACAAGAUGACUCCAAUUUUAUCACCACCAUUACCAACAAUUGCUCCCACUUCUUCCUCUCAACAAAAUUAUUCAACAACUAUAUAUUCACCUCAACUAGUCUCCUCUUCUUCACAACAUACUAUGCAUUCUCAUGAUACAAGUCUCAAUGUACAUAAUACUACCACAUCACAUGCCGAUGCAUUUGCAUCUUGGACGCCUCCUCGUACCACAACAACGUCUGGUGCUGCUAUUCCUUGGUUAUUUGGUCAACCUACAAAUCAAACUGAAAAUGAUAUCGACACUUUGAAAAACGACUUUGAAAAACACAAUCAAGCUUUACGCGAAAAGUGGAAGAGGAUGCACCAACAAAAAUUAUCUUCUUCAUCAUCUUCAAAUCACACCAACACUACCGGACCACCACUUCCAGCAAAUUCUUCAUCUGUAUUUACACCAUCCUUUCCACCUUCUCAUACAAUCAACAAUGACAAUGACGGAGAAUGUUUAGAUUUCAUUCAUCAUAAAGCUUCUCAACUUAGUCUUUCUUCAUCGCCUUCGAUUAAUAACAAUCCAAUGGUAUUUCAAUUUUCUGGUUUAGUUGGUGAUCAAAGACAAGCUUUGGACUCGAUUAUGUUACGUAUUCAUCAACAAAUUCCUGCCCCAUUAUCAUCAUCAUCAUCAUCAUCAUCAUCACCAUCACCAUGGCAUACCUUACGCUCUCUAGAUCUCAGUCAUCAGCAUUUAACAUCUAUUCAACAUUUGGAUACCUUGACUCCACUAUUGGAAGUAUUGAUUAUAUCUCACAAUCAGAUUCGUCAAUUAUCUGAUAUACCAUCCUCUCUCAAAAUUAUGAAGGCAAAAUCAAACAAACUAACUGAUAUUGAAGGAUUUCGUUAUUUGCAUAAAUUGGAAUACCUUGAUAUAUGUGAUAAUGCUCUCGAUUCAUUUGAUGGCAUUGGCCCUUUCUAUUACUUAAGAACUCUAUUAGUGGAAAACAAUAAGUUGAAGUGCUGCCUUGCUCUUCAACAAAUGCAUGGAUUGGUCGUCUUAAAACUCCGGGGGAAUGCCAUUGAACAUCUGAAGUUUGACAAAGCCUCUUUAUAUCAGUUGGAAAGUUUGGAUUUAUCUUACAAUAGAGUGCGUUGUUUGGAGUCACUGAAUGGCGUACCGAAAUUAUAUGAACUCAAUUUAGAUAAUAAUCAAAUUGACUCAGUGGCUUUGGAUAAACCAGUGGACACUUUACGCGUGUUAAAAUUGAAUUACAAUAGACUCCAGGCUUUUGAUGGACGGUUCUUUCCCAAUCUACGGACUUUAUAUUUAGACAGCAAUCGACUUGUUCGUAUCGUUGAUUUACGUAUCAUGCAACAUUUGGAUUCUAUAUCAUUACGAGAUCAAGGUGGUUCACAGCUUCAAGUCAAUGUGAAAGAACUACAGAGUACUCGAAAACUUUAUUUAUCAGGCAUGCCUGUCAAACAGUUGAAUCAUAUGAUUCAUUUCAAUACUUUGGAAUACUUGGAAAUAAGUUCGGCACAAUUGGAAGAAUUACCAUCUGACUUUGGAUCUCAAGUUCCUUUACUACGCGUACUUUAUUUGAGUCACAAUUACUUAAAACAGUUGAACCCAUUGAUACAUCAUCGGCGUUUACAAAGACUGGUCUUGAUCGACAAUCGAUUACAAAAGUUAGGUGAUAUCCUGGAUACUAUACGAACAUUACCUCGAUUAAACUAUUUGGAUAUUAGGUAAACAAUACAAUUAUUCUUUACUCAACUCACUUUUUUUUUUCUCUGUAUAAUAGAGUCAAUCCUAUCAAUUUUAAAUUAUAUCCUGAUUUAUUGUAUACUUCAAGCUAUCAAUCCAAGAAUGGGAAAACGGAUCGUCUCUGUCGGUAUCUUGGACCUGAAUAUGACACUAGUUGGUUAUCUCGUGAUGCAACACAUUAUGAAAAUCUUCCUGAACACUGGCAACGUCGACGAAAAAUGUACCGUGCUUUGUUUAUCUCUGAAUGUAGUAGUAAGCUAGAUAUGUUGGACAACAUCUUGGUCACCAUGGAAGAACGAACACUAGCCGAUACUAUGGUUUUGGAUUAUACUAUGAAACAUCGUCAUCAACAACAAUCAUCCAUAGAUAAAUCAUCUUGUAGUUAACUUUGUUUGACACGAAUGAACCAAUAAAAAACCAGAUUUACUUGCGG